UAAUUUGUUCUCUUUUCCCUCUUUUUAAACAGAUUGGAAAUUGAGAAGAAAUAAAUUUAUAUAUAGAGAGAGAGAUGGGGCUUGAAAGAAUGGACUUUGGAGUUAAAGUUAGGAAAUAUGUGGUGAUAUUAGUUAAAUCAUGUCAUAGUUUUGUUUCUAACCAUCCAUUUUUGGUUGGUUUGGUUUGCUUUUUAAUUUUUCUGUAUAGAUCAUUUCCAUUGUUGUUUUCCUUCUUGGUUACUGCAUCUCCUGUUUUGGUUUGCACUGCUGUUUUGCUUGGUACCCUUUUGAGUUUCGGGUCGCCAAACAUACCUGAAAUCAACGAACUAGAAGAAGAGAAUGUCAGUCAUGAAGUUUCACCAUUGAAAACAAGGGCUGCUGCUGCUGAUACUUUUGUCAAAAGAGAUUUUACUGAUGAUGAUUUUGUUGUACAAAGACAUGUAGGGAAGAGGUGGGAUGUAGUAGAGAAUGCUGAUGAGAAAUUUACUUUAGUCGAUAAUGAGCUCAAUGGAGUUGAGGAAGGUGAAAAUUCGGUUCUUUAUAAGCCGUCAGUCAAUGAUGAUUUGGAUUCUAGGGAUAUUCAUUGUGAGAAUGGGGUGGUUGAUGAGGUAGAGAGACUAUUGCGUCAUUCUUUGAUGGAGAAGACGGCUGAAAUUCGGGAGGAGAUGCUAGAGAGUGAACGGGCAUCAAGUAUGAGGGAGGCUGAGGAGAGUCAACAUCUUUUGGCAGAUGAAGUAGGAGAUAGGAAUCUUGAAGUGGUUGAUGGUAAACUCACAUCCGAUAUUGAUGAUGGUCCUAGGGAUAGUGAACUGGAUUAUUCUCUGAUUUUUUCUUGGAAAGGUGUUGCGCGUGAUGAGGAUGCUGAUGAUGGUUGUAAGGAUGACGACGACGAGGAUGACUCUUCAGAUUCUGGUUCUGAUGGUGCUGAGAGUUCCUCUCCUGAUGCUUCACUGGCAGAUAUAAGCCUGAUGCUUGACGAGUUGCAUCCGCUUUUGGGCUCAGAAGCUACACAGCCUGCUCAUUUGUCUCGUGAUGGUUUGGAUGCUGCCUCGGAGAGUUCUCGUGAUAGUAGUAACGAUGGAAGUGUUGACUCGGAUGAAUUAGGAGAUGAGGGAGACGGAGAUAAUGAAGAGGAAGGAGGAGAGAAGGGAGAUAAAGAUGAUGAAAGUAAAUCUGCGAUUAAAUGGACGGAGGAUGAUCAGAAUAAUCUCAUGGAUUUAGGGACUUUAGAGCUUGAAAGAAACAUACGAUUGGAUAAACUUAUUGCAAGGAGAAGAGCCCGCAAAAACAUGAGAUUGAUGGCUGAGAUGAAUCUAAUAGACUUAGAUAGUGCUGAUAUUCCCUUAAAUUUAGCACCAAUUUCAACCUCAAGAGGUAACCCUUUUGACCUUCCAUAUGAUUCCUACAAUGACCUCGGGUUACCUCCCAUUCCUGGGUCAGCUCCAUCCAAUUUGCAGCACCGAAGAAACCCUUUUGAUCUUCCUUAUGACUCGAGCGAGGAAAAACCUGAUCUUAAAGGAGACAGUUUCCAAGAAGAGUUUUCGGGUUUUAGACAAAGGGGAAUUGCUACCCAAAGGGACUCCUUCUUCAGCCUACAUGAAAGCUUUAAUGUUGGAUCAUCUCCUUUAGGUGUUCCUCGGCAAGAUCUUAAGUGGAAACCUUAUUUUUUUCUGGAGCAAUUAGUACCAGAAGGAGCUAGCCCUUCCUUAUUCCAGAGGCAGUCAAGUGAAGUUAGUGAGUCAAAGUUGAGUUCUGUUCCUGAUACUGAAUCAGUGAGUUCAGUUGUGGAUGAGGAGGACAACAAAUCAAAUAAGCAAGAUGUGUCUCGAGAAACUGAACCUAUCUUGAAUGAAGAUCAUGCUUCUGUCAGUGAUGAACAGAAGAGCACUUCCUCUGACGAUGUUGAGUCUGUGAAUGUUGACCAAGUUGAGAAUAGAGAUGUUCAUUGUGAUGUGGUUGAGAUCACAUUAGGAUAUGGAGAAAGUCAGCUGGAAACUGAAUCAGUGUCUGAAGCUGGUGCAACUACUUACUCUGAACACAAUGAUAGUGAAGCCAAGAACAGAGAUGUUCAUUGUGACGAAGUUGCGAUAACAUUUGGAGAUGGAGCUCCAGCAACUACUCACGUGGAAUUCAAUGCAACUGAAAUUCAUCACAGAACUGAGCCAGCUGAGGAGGAGGAUAGCAGUAGAUCAAGUUUGUCAUCAUUAUCAGAAAUCGAUGAAAAGAUAUCGGAUGUCAAAGGAGAAGAAUUUGCAGGUAUUGAACCCAGAGAUCAUGAACUUAAUGAAUCUGGCAUUUCUAAUCAACCAUCAUUCGAGGAAUCAGAUUUCCAUUUUACAAGUGGGGUAGUGGACGUUAAUCAACAUUUGGAGCCCUUUUUUUAUUCUAGUUUUCACCCUCCAUCAGUUGAGACGUUCCUCUCAUUGUCGACCAUCUCUUCUGACACUCAAGCUGAGAUAUCUGAAAUAGGUUCACGCUCAAUGCUGGUUGAAUCUACGGAUAAGAAAUGGGAAGCACAUUUUGAAAUGGCUGAGCAGGGUACUUCUGGUUUUCAAGAUAUGCAUGCCUGCUACUCAGAUUUACUUAAUGAAAAUGAACUGAAGGAACAAGAUCUGCCAGAGAUUAGUGAGCAUCAUGUUACUUUUAUUGGUUCAACAGGGGGUUCUUCCACUUCUUCUGAUCUUAAUGCAUCAAUGGUGCAUGAAUCUGUGGUUGAAUAUGUUUCAAGAGAGGCAGGGUUGUCUUCGGAUGAGAGAUUAGAGGAGGAUGUGCCAAACAAGGAAGAAAGCUCUAUCCAGAACUCGGUGGACUUAUUGAGCAUUGGUGAAGAGAUUAUUCUUGCCAUUGACAAAGGAAUGGGUGAGGUGUUGGAUCCCUCACCUGAGGAACAAGAACAUCAAAUGCACCCCUAUGAAUCUCUGGAGGCCGAACCGGUGACUAGGUAUGUAGCUGUAAAAGAAGACACUCCACUUGAGCAAGACGGACUCAUUCAGACUGAAUGCAAUCAAAUGCAUUUGUCCAACUAUGAUUUAGAUCUCGAUGUUGAUGGUCACCAUGAUAAUCGUGAGUUGUCUUCAAUGGUUUUAACAUACCAGCAUAUGCCUUCCAAUGAUGUAAUUUCAUCCACAGCAGAGGAACCAGGUUUAGUUGUGGUGGCUCAACUUCAACAAGUUCACCCUUCAGAGGCUAACCUCCGGGAGGAGCAUGAAAAGGAAUCUGAAAUGGAUCAAAUCCAUUCACCAUUUUAUGAUUCAAAGACUUGUACAGAUCUUGACCCUGAGAUGAAUGUGGAGGGAAUUCCUUCACUCUCUUGUUACCAAGACGUGUCUUCUAGUGAUAACCCUUCAUCAGAAUCAAAGAAGCAGUUGUUGUUCGAUAAAGAUGAACUGCACAUUGAUGAACGUGAUAAGCUCCAGGAACCAUCUAUAAUUGCAACCGAGUCUAUAAGGGAAGCCAAUGACAGUAAUGUGCAAGAAGUUCAUGAUUCUGAGGAUAAACUUUCAAUAAAUUUCUCUUCCAUGACUUCAGAAUAUACUUCUUUGCCUUCUGAGAGUCCCGAACAUACAUUGCCAACAGAUCGAGAAGAUUUGAGAGAGAAUAUCCUAAAAGAAAUUGAAAGAGAGGCCCCCGAUAAAUGCUAUAGUUAUGUUGACAUAUAUGCCCCUAAUAGUGAAGUCAAUGAAAUUAAAGAAUUUGAUGAAGCUAUACUCUCUGAAUUGGACACUGUUGGGGACUUCAAUGUCGGGGAAAUCGGUUUACCAGAGGGGUCUCAUGUUACCUGUGCUGAAUCUGCAGUGGUACCAGAAGAUAUUGGGACUGAAAACAAUACCAAUGUGGAACUGCCUGUUCUUGAAGCAACAGUAGAAGAUAUUGAUUUAGCUUUCAAGAAACUUCAUGUAGUGGAUGUUGAGGAAGUAAUUCUUCCGAGUAUGAUUGAGAAUCAGCCGGAUCAUGCAGAUACCAAGUCGGAUUUAACUGUUAUCGAGGCGAGAUCUCUGGAGGAUAUACACAAUGCUUUGCAACAAGGUACAGAACCUAAUCCAGCUCAGCUGCCACAGUCCACAGACUUGAAGAAAGGAUCAUCAGAAGUGGAGCAGAAUGUUGUAGUAGUAUCUUCCAAAGAGAUUGAAGUUAGCAAUGCCGUCUCUGAUAUUCAAGAAAGCUAUGAUAAUGCUGCUGGUGAACCUGAAAAUGAUGAAGAAACUGAAGAACGAAAGGCGGAGACCAACUUGAAGCUACCUGUUCUUGAAGCAAGAUCAAUUGAAGAUAUUGUUUUGGCUUUUAAGCAACUUCAUGAAGCAGUGGAUGCUGAGGAAAUAAUUCUUCCAAGCUUGAUUGAGAAUCAGCUGGAUCAUGCAGAUCCCACUUCAGAAUUACCUGUUGUCGAGGCAAGAUCUCUUGAAGAUAUAAAUAAUGCUUUCCAAAAAGGACCAGAACUUAAUCCAGUUGAGUUGCUGCAGUCUACAAACUUGAGGAAUGGGUCAACAGAAGUAGAACAGCAUGAUGCGGUUUCUAGUAAAGAGAUUGAAGUUGGUGAGGUGGUCUCUGGUUUUCAAGAAAAUGAGAAUGCUGCUGCUGAAUCAAAAAAUGAAUACGAAGAAAUGAAGACAGAGACCAACGUGGAGCUGCCUGUUCUUGAAGCAAGAUCAUUGAAAGACAUUGAUUUGGCUUUUAAGCAACUCCAUGAAGGAGUAGAUGUCGAGGAAGUAACUCUUCUUACCAUGAUUGAGAAUCACCAGGGUCAUGCAGAUAGCAAUUCUGAUUUACCUGUUGUUGAUGCAAGAUCUCUGGAGGAUAUACAUAAUGCUUUUCAGCAAGGCACCAAAUCUAAUCCAACUGAGCAGCCACAUUCAUCAGGAGAAGAUCAUGAUGUGGUUUCUAUGAAUGAGAUUGAUGGUAGCAAUGCCGUCUCAGGUAUUCAAGAAACAAGCCAGAAUGCUGCUGGUGAACCAAAAGAUGAAUAUGAAGAUAAGGAAGAAAUAGAGAUGGAGACCAAGGCGGCACUACCUGUUCUUGAAGCAAAAUCAGUUGAAGACAUUGAUUUGGUUUUGAAGCAACUUCAUGAAGGAGUAGAUGUGGAGGAAGUAAUUCUUCCAAGUAUGAUUGAGAAUCAGCAGGGUCAUACAGAUACCAAUCCAGUAUUACCUGUUGUCGCGCCGAGAUAUCAAGAGGAUUUUCAUAACGCUUUUCAACAAAGCCCCGAAUCUAAUCCUGCUGAGCUACCUAAUAAUUCCAGGAAGCAUGAUGGAGUUUCAACUGAAGAGAUUGAAGUUAGUGAAAAUGCAGCCUCCGGGAUUCAAGAACAUGAGAAUGCUCCUGGUGAGCCUAAACAGAAACGUGAAGAAUCAUCUGAAAAAUCAAAUCUGAAACUUAAAGGUAAAAAGACAGAAUCCCGUGACUCAAGUUCCAGUUCCAGCUCGAGUUCUAGUGAUUCUGAAUGAAAACAACAAAAUAUAGUUCAAAAAGAAAGAAAACUGUAGUUUGGGAUUUCCAGUUUUCUUC